CAGUGCAUAAACCAAUAACAGUUCAAAACCAAUAACAGUGAACUGUUAUUGAUCUGCGCUUCACUAGUUUAUUUUUUGUUGUGUGCUUCUCUGAAAAUCUACAAUCAAUACUGUCUUGCAAAGUAUUAUGCCGCAUCUUUCUUAAUAAGCUUGAUAUUAUAAUUAUACUUGUACUCGAAACCGUACUGUCUAGCCGACAAAACAGGUGAGUACUUGUCAGCUAAUGCUAUUUGUUGCUGAUUACAAGGACAACAAGCCUGCGCGAUCAAAUUCUGUAUUUCGAAAUAUUCUCCUGCGUUUUUAUUUCGUUGGACUAUCCGUACAAUGGACUUCAACAGUAAAUCCGCUUUGAAACGCCUGAAUAAGAAGACGCUUUCAUCGGAAUGGCGCGAAUUUCGGCGCAGUUUUGAAAAUUUUUGGUGUUGUCGGUCACAAAAGUCAUCGCAUGGUUCCCACUCGUUGCGCAACCAUCGGAAGGAGGAAAAGCGCGUUUAUAAGUUUGGAGACCUACAAGCGCCCGACCCGUUCACCACCGACUUUAGUGUGACACCCGAAAACGCAUUGGCGAUGGAUGUGUUCCACUCGGUAUUACAGAGUUCUUCGAAUCCGGAUGAAAACACGGCGUUCAGCCCACAUGGGAUGAAAACGGCCUUAGCGGCUAUCCUGCCCGGGACAGACGGGAAUCUUCACGCGGCGCUGACGCAGUUUCUGUGUCCCGACGGAACAAAUUACGAUGCCGUUGCCAGUUCUCUGAAGGUGGUGAACUUGGAAGCGGCGCUGAACUGUGUAAAUGCGGUGUUUUAUGAUAAUGAUUCGCGCUUUCCGGUGUUGCCUUAUUUAGCGACGGCAGUGGACAUUAGUUUUGUCCGAACUCCGUUCCGAAUGUCUCCCGACGCAGCUGCAUUCGUAAUGGAUCGAUUCGUUACCGAGAAAACGGACGGAAGCUUGAGAAACUACCACACAGAAGUGCCACGCGAUACGGGAAUGAUUUUAUUGAAUAUAGAACAAAUAUCGCCGCGCUGGGAGAUGCCCUUCAAUCCAUUACUAACGAAGUCAAGAAUUUUUCAUUGCCCGAACAACGUGGAGAAAAGCGUGGACUUCAUGCAUCAUGAGUUGCUAACGACGCGCAAUUUCAAUGUGUUUGAGUGUGAGGACGAUAAUCCGCAGGUGGUUAUUUUGGAUUUAGCGGGGAGAAAAUUCAGUGUCAUGAUCAUCUUGCCGUACUGGAAUUCCGGGGGAACUGAGAAGCUGCAGGAAAAAAUGACCAUCGGCAAUUUGUUGGCUUGGCGGCAGAAGUGUGUAUGGAGACUUCCGUAUCAACUCCAAUUAUUUUUGCCGAAAUUUCGUAUCCGAUGCGGUGUUGACUUGAAAUCUUGCGCCACGGAUAUCGGUCUGCAGCAACUGUUCGAAGAGUCCGAAUCAGCUUACCGCCGCAUGUUUGAGAGCAAUGCGGCAUGCAAAAUCGAUGAGUUCAAACAAGGGAUUUCUCUCGAGAUAAAUGAGCUCGGAGAGAAGCCUCCACUGCCACUGUAUAACUUUUCCCCCGCUUUAAACUGGGGCGGAUCCUUUGUCGCUGACCGGCCAUUCUUCUUUGUCCUUUGGAACGAAACUGCCAACGUUCCGGUUGUCAUGGGACGGAUAACGGACCCCAGUGUAUAGCUACUCACAUCGGUGUGAGCUUGCGUCUUGCCGCUUCUUAUCAAUCGGAUGCUGAGCAUUUUUCUGGCUCUCGCUAUUUAUUUUAGCAAAUUUUGGUUAAUCUAGUUUUACUAUGGGUCUAUGGUGAAUUCGUCCCUAAUUUUAUGGCUGAUUUUAUUUCUCAUAAAAAUUCUGUUUGUUUGUCUGUAUUUUAAUGCGGAAUGGUUUUGUCACGGAGCCCUUUGCAAGGCAUUGCGUCGCGGUUCGUAAUGGGUUUUUACUUCCCUUUUAUUAUGGGCGUGGUCGCAACGAUUGUUGUAUCUCUCGUUGCCAUACCAUUGUUUGUUUGUUUGUUUGUUUAAUGGGUUUAACAUUGACAACAAUCAGGAGUAACCUG